AUGGAUCCACUAAAUGCAGUUGCGCUCAUUACGGCUGGCUGCGGGCAGCGGUGCGCAUCUCCCGUUAUGGCUUACAACAAUAUGAUUGCGUACAGCUCGUCGGAUUCAAUUUAUCUAUAUAAUCCAAUAAAUCACAAAUCCAGCGAGAUAACGUCGCGACGGUCGAGCUCGAUGCAACCUGGCUCUUCCAACUACAGUGGACCCAAUGCCACUGGAAAUGAGAAGGUGGUUACAACAUAUCCUCUCUCUCGUGUCUUUUCCAAUGGUGUUAGAGGAACAAUAAUGUCGUUCCACCUUAACGACGAGUACGUUGCAUGCGUUACGAGCGAUGCGCAUGCAGUUGUCUGGAAGUUAACGAAUUGCGAGUUACUCAACAGUAAGGCGGUGUUGGAAAGCGUCAAGGAUUUCUUCAAAAGUGGAGGUGCUCCUCGGCAGGUGCUUGUUUCCGGUAAGCACCAUAUUUUGUUUGGCACGUCAAAAGGUUACGUGGUUUCUGCUAAUAUGCACGAUGGGGUUACAACACACAGUGCAAAGGUUUCAGCGGACGGUGGAAGUCAUAAGCAUGACCAUACAGCGGGAGCUGUUUGUUGCAUGAGCGCGUCACCCACGCGUCCCGACGUAAUUGCUGUGGGAACGUCUGGAGGCCUGUUGUGUGUGUUUUCCUUGCAUCCUGUAAACGGACUAAAGCAGAGUCACGCUAUAAAGCCGUUUUUGAGAACUUCUUCAUCUGCAGCUGAAAAGGGGAAAUCUGGUGUCACCGUUUCUGACGCAACUGGCAACGCUGGACACGGCGGUGAGGGAGACAAAGACACCUGCUCACACGCUGUUACGUCGUUGGUCUUCGACCCAAAUAACAUCAACCAUGCUGUUGCUGGAUCCUCCGAGGGGGCACUCGCGGUUGUGGAUGUCACGACCGCCGCUGUUGUUCAGGUGUUUGAGGUGCAUGAUACACCGGUGACGUCCAUUUCAUUUUUACCCGCUCAGGCAGGCACAUUCGUAACGACUGAUGGUGAGUCCAGUAAGCUGCGUGUAUGGACCGUCACAAGCCGUACUCAUUCUCACGUGUGGGCCCCUGUAUGGACUACGACCCACCCCGAGAGUAAAUGCAAAGGUCUAGAGGACUAUUUUCCAAAAGCUCCAGCAGGGGACGCUAUAGCUUCAGCGGUGUCUUUUGCAUCAGAGCACAUUGUUCUUUCUCUUAAAAACGGGAGAGUUGUCGUUUACAGCACACAGCGGCACGACAUAGAGUUUCAGACACCACCUAGUCAUACAGAUACGUUGCACAGUUGUCGCUACGCAUACCACAACAAAGAUGUGCUUGCCACAACUGGUGCCGAUGGCAACGUUAACAUGUGGAACACGAGGCAAUUGGAGCUACAAUCAAGGAUCUAUGCUGGCACCGUUGCGGUCCAGGGCGUUGAUUGGAGCCCUACAGGUAAAAAUAUCGCCGUUGCACUUAGCAAUGGGUUAGUUAUAAGUUACAAUGUAAGUACGCAUCGAGAGAACUGGCGCAUAACACUCACGAGUAGUGGUGCUGUGUCCUGCAUUGCGUGGAGCCGCGUGGAGUCGGGUAGCUGUAUCGUAGCUGGAUAUUCCGGUAGUGUUUCUUUGCUGGCAGCGAGGGACGGAAAGGAAUUACGGCGAUACCGUACACCAACCGUCGUUCUUUCAGUGGAUUUUGACCCGCGAAACGCCAAAAACUUCUCAGCGGCUUGUAAGGACGGCCAGGUUCUUCUGUUUCAGACUAGUGUUAACCGGGAAUCGCCCACACUUGUGCUCUCGGGUCACACGGAUGCCGUUACUGGCGUUGCUUAUAAUGGGAUUUUUGGACACCUGCUGCUCAGUUGUAGCCGCGACUCGACAUUGCGUCUAUGGGACCUGUCCACCACAACAUCCCACGCAACAUCCGUAAGCGCGCGCGUGUUACGGGGCCACACCGGUCGAGUUCAUGCCGUUGCAUGGUGUAACGCCGCACCCUAUCUCGUACUCUCAGCCGGUGCAGACUGUACCCUGCGCCUGUGGGACAUCCGUACUGAAACCAAUUUGUUUUCUGCGCGUUGUUCCGGUUCAGAGGUAGUGGCCCUCAGUAGUCACCCCCAGCGGCCGUUUGUGUUUGCUGCAGCGGCUAGAGACGGGGCGGUCACAUUUUGGUACAUGGGGCUCUUACGGCACCUGAGUUUGGAGGCAUCAUUAGGUACAGUGGACCGCUGCAUCACGUCAGACGAUACUGUCCUGAUGGCUGCUCCCUCGGCAGCAACUGGGAAUGCAGCACUGGUUGCAGCUGAAGUCCUGCAACAUCUGUGCAAAGAGUUGAAGGAUGGUAACACCACCCCCCAGAAGAGAAUGGAACUGAUCACAGAUUUCUUCGAGUUCCCUUUUGGCGCUGCAGACAUCUCGCGGAUCGCCAAACUUGCAAGCAAUCCAACUGAUAUUUCGCACGCGGAGUGUACGGUGCUUCCACACAGUCAAUUGGUGGAGAUUUACACGGCCCGGGCCAAGUUGGCAGUGGAUAAGGCGCACAACAAAUCUGUCGUUGCCGCAGGAGAAGCGUACAAGAGUGCACGGCUGGUGGAGGCAGCUAAUGGGAUGCUACUUGUGGGGAAGGUGAAUGAGUACUGUGACCUGAUGAUGGAAGCGGGGGAAUGGGACAGUGCCAUCAGUGCAGCGCCGCUAGUGAGUCGAGACUUUUGGCGAUCAGUUUGUCUGAAGGCAGCGGAAGCAAUGAAAAAGAUAGGGGACAUGCGAGCCGUACGUUAUUUUAUUAUGGCGGAGGAAAGUGCGGUGGCCGCUCGGUGUGUUGCCUCGCAGUCAGAAAAGAAUUUCGAUGAGGCCGUGGUGUUAUUAAAGACAUGUCCGCAGCGAGCGGACGAACAGAAGAGCGAGGAGCCGCUGCAUAACACUGCAGUUGAUACAAACGGUACUUCGAGGGCUGCGUUGGAAUUAAUGGAUGCCAGAGCAACGGUGUUUAAGAAUGCCUCCAAUCCCCGCAUUGUAGCCGCAUCUCUGCUCGCUGAGGGUGCUAACGAUGACGCAGCUAUGCACCUUAUCCGCAGCGGGGACGUCACAUUGGCGCACCUUCUUAUUCAUACUGUUCCAUUGCAGCACUUGGCAACAAUAGAUGCAGGAUAUCGACUCUCUAUGUUGCAGUCUUGUAGUCAACAACAAUGGGAUACGGCACUAGUGUGUGCUACACGACAGUCAAAUGUAUACGAUGGUCUUGCCACGGUAUUAACGCUUUAUCAGCACGCACUGAUCAACCCCAUUAUGGGUAUCGGCAGCGGUAAAGGUGGUAUGGCUACCUCAGCGGCUAGCAAAGAAGGUGAUAUCAACGGCACUCAAGCAGCCCAGAAACUCACGACAUUCCAUGAAAAGGUCCUUAAUGAAUGUAAGCGUCUCCAACUCCCCCUCGACAUGGCAAGCAUCCAGCAAAAGCACGCCAAUGAUGGUCUUGCAUCUGUUAAUCAAGUCGCCGCCAUGGUGUUGUCACCAAGUAAACCGAUUGGUUCUGAAACAGGCGAGGACCUUAUACAGACUAUAAGCAGCUUUAUCGACAACAUUUUCCAGGUGGUGCUGCAAGACAUAGAUGGAGCUCAUACUGUCUUUUAUCUAAAGCAAGCAUAUACGGUCUCGUCUUACGUAACCCUUGUAAUUCAGGGCCUUUCAACUGACUCCGCCCCACCGGCAACGCCCCCACCACCACCACCACCCGCAGCGCCAGUACCGCUAGCGAUACCGUUACCGGCCGCGACGGUGACUGCCACACCACCGGAGGCAGGGACAAAAAGACAUUCGGCGGUGGCGCGCAAGUUUCUUGCACAAACCUUCCUUCUUGCUGCCCUGAUGUGCGUAAAGGUUUAUCGAUUCCCCAAACUACUGAAUCCUGCCUUUACGAAAGCCCGAGAGCUCGCUGGGAGUGACCACUCCCUCAUGGGACAGCUAACCAAAGCGCAGCCACAUCUUUCUGCCUAUUCACCGCAUUCUGUGGAAGUCGAGUGUUCAGUAGUUGGUGCAGUGCUUCCUUAUCUUAGCCUGACAGAGUGCACUCAACAUAAAUCUGCCCUGACUCUUGAACCAAUUGUUGGACCGGCGAUUCGGCUCGAGGAUGGUGACUCCUACAUUUCGCAGAGUGAGGCCCUGCAGUGGUCAAUGUGUUGCGCCUUCUCACCACUCGCCACUGGUGCUCACUUGCUGCCAUUGUAA